ACUUAUCUGAUAUUGGUGUAGGCUUAUCAGCACGUAAUACAGCAGGACACAACAUGAGAAAUUCUGUGCUAAUUGCGCUGCUCGUCAGCCUAAGUAUCAGCUGCUUGCCCAGCGAUGGCGCCAACAUCUUGGGCGUGUUCACCAGCCACAGUCCGUCCCACUUAAUUGUGCACAUGUCUGUGAUGAAAGCCUUGGCGGAGGAGGGUCACAACGUGACGGUUGUCUCAUCCUUGGAGCCAAAAGUUACGCACAAGAGCAUCAAGCAUAUUGUCAUACCAAUGAGUAAGGAGGAUGAAAAGACUUUGAAUAAAAAUAUGGGUGACAUGACCAGGGAAAAGCAGUCGCUGUUUUCCACGAUUAAGAAUCUAUUUGGCUCGUUUUCAAUGCUCAUAUAUAAGCAGCUGGAUGUGCUGGAAGAUAAGCGCUUUACAGAGCUCUACACCAACAAAGACAACAAGUUCGAUGCAGUUGUGGUUGGAUUCUUUUUCAAUCGCUAUCAAGUGGGUCUGGGUUCGCUUUUCAAGUGCCCCAUUAUUUUGAGCUGGACUUCUGGCCCCAUGGACCACAUUAAUGAGCUGAUGGGCAAUCCCGUACUGAUAUCCACAGUACCCAAUAUGAAUAUGCCCUCCGAUGGCAAGCCCAUGAAUUUCAAACAACGUAUGACCAACUUUGCCUCCACUAUGGUGUUCCGUCUCUUGGGUUGGUACUUGGAUAGCUUGGACACCGGUUUCUACGACCGCAUGUGGGGCAAGAUUCCACACAUGCUUUCCUUUGAGGAGGCUAAGAAGAAUGUCUCCUUGCUCUUCUGCAACAGCCAUGCCCUCAGCGAAGGUCCUCUUAGACCCAAUGUGCCUGCAGUUGUUGAAAUUGGCGGCAUACAGAUUAAACAGAAGCCUGAUCCUCUGCCACAGGACAUUAAAGAGUUUCUGGAUGGAGCUAAGGAUGGCGCCAUACUCUUCAGCUUGGGCAGCAAUCUAAAAGGCGAUCACAUAAAGCCCGAAAUAAUCAGCAACAUAUUUAAAACUCUUUCCAGCCUAAAGCAGCGCAUUAUAUGGAAAUGGGAAGAUGUCAAGCAUACGCCCGGCAAAGCUGCCAAUAUACUCUACAAGGACUGGCUGCCACAGGACGACAUACUCGCACAUCCCAAGAUCAAGCUGUUUAUAACGCACGCCGGCAAGGGCGGCAUGGCCGAGGCACAAUAUCAUGCUGUUCCUAUGCUCGCGUUGCCAGUUUUUGCCGAUCAACCGGCCAAUGCGGAAAAGCUUGCUGAAGCUGGCUAUGGUUUGGCUCUGGACUUGACCAAUCUGGAGGCGGAUGCCUUAAAGGAGGCCAUCAAAGAACUGCUAGCGAAUACCAAAUACACUGCCAAGCUGAAGCAGUUCUCCCAACUCUAUCGGGAUCGUCCAAUGACGGCACGCGACUCUGUUGUCUACUGGACCGACUAUGUGGUUCGUUAUAAAGGUGCCGUCCACAUGCAGAGCACAUUGGUGCACAUGAACUGGCUGACCAGCAACAAUUUGGAUGUCUACUUGAUUCUAGCAGUCAUUCUUGUUAUUGUUUUGAAAAUUACAAAAAUUGUGCUAAAGUUCUUCUGGCGCAAGUGUUGUGGUGGAAAAGGCAAAGCAGAGCAAUCGAAACAAAAAUCGAAAGUCAAGAAACAUUAAUUUUAGUAAUAAGUUUAACUGUAAAUUUU